GCGAACACACCAACUGCCCGAAGCUGCUCUGGAUUCAGCCGAGCAGGAUGUCGUUAUAAAUGUCAUUGCCAAUGACUAUUUGUUCCGCUCUAACGACCGUUUGGUCUGCUUGAUCGUCAUGAGUCUCCUACACAGUGCUCGGUUUUCUGCCAACCUCGUCGUAAAGCCGACACGCUCCCUGCUGGCCCAGGGCGCUCAGGCCAGAAGAUGGAACUCUACGGUUGCCCCUAACACGACCAAGGACGCGCAGCUGAAGCGUUCCUACUUGUACGUGCCUGCUACGUCUGAAAAGAUGCUCCACAAGUCUACCCAAAGCAACUCGGAUGUGAUUAUUUAUGACUUGGAGGACAGCGUGCCUCCAUCCAAGGCAGACAAGUCGGCUGCGAGACAUAGAUUGGUAUCGUUCAUCCGGAAUACGUCCAACGCUGUCUUGCCUCGCCCAGCGCGCGUAGGGGUCCGGGUGAACGGAUUGGGAACGGAGUUCUUCCACCAGGAUAUACUGCAACUGACUAUGGGGCCGAACGUGCGGACGGUGUUGAUGCCCAAGAUCCACUCAGCCUCGGACUUGGAUGCAGUUUCGAAUGAAAUCCACCUCUCACGAAUGGGGAGGGUCCGCGACUCUCCGGAAUGUAACCUCAACAUCAUAGCGAGCAUAGAGAGCGCGCAAGGCUUAUGGAACGUUGGGGAGAUUGCAGCGUGGCAGUCCAAGCAUGGUGCAUCUCUCGGCGGAAGACUCAGUGCGCUCUUGUUCGCCGCAGAAGACUAUUGUGCCGACACCUCAAUUAUCCGCACACAAUCUCGCCAAGAACUAUUGUACGCGCGGUCGCGAAUCGUGAACGCCGCGAAGGCAUUUGGUUUGCAAGCUAUUGACAUGGUAUGCGUGAACUACAAGGACCUUGACUACUUGAGGGAAGAAUGCGAGGACGGGCGACGUCUCGGAUUCAACGGCAAGCAAGCUAUACACCCCAGUCAAGUCGACAUAAUCCAGUCGACAUAUGUACCGACGGAGAAAGAAAUCCUCCGGGCGGCCAAGAUACUACACCAGAUGUCGCUCGCGCAUUCUGCCGAGCGAGGAGCAGUAGGUAUCGAGCUCGAAGGCGGGGGAAAGGAGAUGGUCGACGCGCCGAUGCUGAAGCAGGCAAUCAACACGAUAAAUAUCGCGAAGGCUGCGGGGCUUAAGAUUCCAGAGGUGGCGUGAGGAGCAGGUGAACGUAUAAAGAAACAGUUGCAUUGUAAAACAGUAACCAAAGUAAAGAUUGAUAUACAUAGCAACCUCCAAUCCAG